AUGCACGUGUUGAGUUAUUGGUUGAGGAACUGGGAAGGCAAGAUUAACGGGUUAAUUCGCUUUGCAGUGAGGGUGGCGGCGCCGGAACCGGUGAAGGGGACGGUGGUUAAUAAGGAUUCCGGUGAUGAUGAGUUCGUGGGGAUCGACAAGUCUAAUGAGGUUGUUGUUGUCAGAACUACCCCAACCUUGUUUGAAGAUUUGUAA